GCGAUAGGGCACUGGGAGAGUCUUUGCCGAAGACGACGGUGGAAGCCGAAGUACCAGAGGCAACUCAGGGAUCCUCGGGACCAAAGCCCCCCGCGGAGCAGUCCUCUUCUACCCCUUCGACCAUGGAGCUUCUGGGAAUUCUCGCCACCGGCAUGAAACAGCUGCAAGAUGCGCAACUUCGUCAGUUGGAAAAGAAAUCUGAUGUUCCGGAGGUGGUUAAGCCUGGAAUCUCCUCGUUGCCCUCGUUAUCGCAGCCAGGCCAAGACACAAGCCCAGUGGAUAUACAAGACUGGUUGGAAGAGGCUGGGAGUGUGAUGACGGAUCUCAGUGAUUCCAGCUGGGAGUGGUGGCUACAAGUCAAGGACUACGCGGAGGAACACUACAGAAAGUGGGUGAAGUCUACACCGCUGGAGAAAAUUUCCUUGGCGAUGCCAAAGAAUGCCUCGCUUGAGCAAGGGCGCUAUGGCAGGGUGAAUGCUCGAGCGGCGGGGAUGGUGUUGGCAGCCUUAACCCCGGAGGUCAAGAGUGAGAUGAUUACGAAGAAGGUCACUGGAAGCACCCUAAGCCUGAUCUUCAAGCUCCUCACGGUAUACAGACCAGGAGGGGAGAAAGAGAAGACUCUCUUGCUGCAACAACUCACCAGCCCCGAGGUUGCCAACACUGCUGAGGAAGCUGUUCGUGGUGUUCGACGGUGGGGGCGUUGGCAUGCGAGAGCAAAGGACCUGACCGUGGCGGUGCCGGACCCGGUGUUGAUGAUAAAGGGGCUCAGCUACAUAGUCUCGGGAGUUCUUUCGCGACAUCAAGAUGUAUGGCUGCGUGAGGAGCGCUACAACUACCGACCAGAGCGCCUCGUCGACAGCGGCCUCUUCCUCUGCGACUGCGAAACCCAAGGAAGGCGCGCAGAGUUCCUCCUCCUCUACCACGCCGGCUACCAGAUCGCUUACCACGGCGCCAGAAAGUACUUCCUCGGCACCAACGACAAGGCGAGGCUGGAGCUACAGUUGAUGGCGGCUAUGAAGGUCCCACCACAAGGGCACCAAGGCAAGUCCCGCAGCAAGAGGAGCUGA